AUGGCGAGUUGGGUCUUAUCAGAAUGUGGCUUAAAGCCGCUUCCUCAAUUCUUCGCCAGACCCAGAACCGGUGCCGUUUUGCGCACCAAUUCAUCAAAACCCAGAUUUUUGCAGACAAGCAAGACAGUUACAGAUCUAAGACAACCCUUUUCUUUUGGAGAGAGAAGUUGGAGGGUUAAAGUGAGUGCUCCAUAUAGAGUAGGAGAGGAAGAGAAGGGAAAUGAAGAAAUAAAGGGUGCUAUUGGGAUUAUAGAAGAAAAAGAAGGUAAAUUUGAUCCAGGAGCGCCGCCACCGUUUAAAUUGUCCGAUAUUAGGGCAGCUAUACCAAAGCAUUGUUGGGUUAAGGACCCAUGGAAGUCAAUGAGCUAUGUAGUUAGAGAUGUCGCUGUGGUUUUUGGUUUAGCUGCAGCUGCAGCUUAUCUUAACAAUUGGGUGGUUUGGCCUCUGUAUUGGGCUGCUCAGGGAACAAUGUUUUGGGCUCUGUUUGUUCUUGGCCAUGAUUGUGGGCAUGGAAGCUUUUCGAACAAUCCCAAGCUAAAUAGUGUUGUUGGGCACCUUCUUCAUUCUUCAAUUCUUGUACCUUAUCAUGGAUGGAGAAUUAGCCAUAGGACUCAUCAUCAAAACCAUGGACACGUUGAGAAUGAUGAAUCAUGGCAUCCGCUGCCUGAGAAAAUAUUUAGGAAUUUGGACAACAUUACAAGAAAAUUGCGCUUCACUGUUCCUUUUCCAAUGCUUGCCUAUCCUUUCUAUCUUUGGAAUAGAAGCCCGGGAAAAACUGGUUCGCACUUUCAUCCAGACAGUGACUUGUUCUUGCCGAAUGAAAGGAAGGAUGUGAUUACUUCCACCAUAUGCUGGACUGCGAUGGCUGCUUUGCUUGUGGGCUUAUCUUUUGUAAUGGGUCCUAUUCAAUUGCUUAAGCUGUAUGGAAUCCCAUAUUGGGGUUUUGUUAUGUGGCUGGACUUUGUAACGUACUUGCAUCACCAUGGUCAUGAAGAGAAACUUCCUUGGUACCGCGGAAACGAAUGGAGUUAUUUAAGGGGAGGACUGACGACACUUGAUCGUGAUUAUGGAUGGAUUAAUAAUAUCCAUCAUGACAUUGGAACCCAUGUUAUUCACCACUUAUUUCCUCAAAUCCCUCAUUAUCACUUAAUUGAAGCAACUGAGGCAGCCAAACCUGUGCUUGGCAAAUACUACCGGGAGCCAGAGAAAUCAGGGCCUUUACCUUUUCACCUAAUUGGAAGUUUGGUAAGAAGCUUAAGGAAAGAUCACUAUGUUAGUGAUACUGGAGAUGUAGUUUACUACCAGACUGAUCGGCAACUUAGCGGCUCGACAUCAGAGUAG